AUGUCCUGGACAUUCGGGUUUCUGGAGCGGUCAGAAGGAGAAGGCAAUACCAAGGUCAUUUGCUUGCCAGAGGAUGACCCAAAGAUCGUCCCAAGUCUGCUCGAAAUUCCACCACAAUGGCUGUGCAUUCCAGCACUGAGACCGUGGAUUUUGAUGAGGCUCUGGAGUGUUAUUGAAUGUUUCCACGGGAUCUAUCCGGAGUACUGGAAACAGCGGUCCGUGGCUGAGGACCGGGCUACGCAGUCUGGGAUGCAGUGGGUGGUGCUUUCCGAUGCUGCGAUACUUUUACAUGCUGCCAUCGCAUUCCGUCUCGAGAGGUUAUUCUGGCAAAUGACGAGAGUCCUGAUCUAUUCAGGCGCCACAUAUCUUGUGCGAGAUCUCAAGGAAAUGAGCGACUCUGAAAACAUCAGUGCAGUCAUUGGUCUCAUAAAUGCGACCCCGACGCGGUACAAGUCGAAUUUUUUACUGAUGAUAGUGGAAUGCAUUGGAAGAGAGACAGCCAAAAAGCCUCUGAUCUGUCAAUCCAACAAGUAUGGGUAUUUGAUGCUUCAGUUGAAGUUUCACGAGCUUACACCCUAUGCGGAGACCACAAAUGUGCAGACGGUGUAUUUGAUGGUGUGCAAGGUGCAAGAGAUGGCUGCAACCUUCAUCAGCAAAAACAUCACCUGGAAGAGUCUUCAAGACGAAGCAUGCGAGCGACUGAGAGCCGUCAAGAAGGCUGGCGAGACAGAAAUGCUGGCUGGUGGGGAGUGA